AUGGAAUCCAGUACAAACCCAAAUCCUACUGCGUUGGCCCUACAAAUCCAGUCGCUAUCAGCAACUGUGGAAGAACUCACCAGACAGAACCAAGAGAUGAAGCAACGGCUGCUACAGGAAAGUAAUCGUGUAGACAGGGGGGACAACGAAGACAGCAACAGAAGGCAAACCAGCACUCCAGAAGAAGUGAGCUUGGAUCUCUUAAGAGAGAUGAGGAAAGAGAUGGACGAACUGAGGAACGCCAUCAAAGGAAAAACGGACCAAAGCUUGGAGAGAAUCGUCCGGAAGACGGAUUCGCCUUUUACCAUGGCCGUCCAGGAGUGCCCAGUACCAUCCAAAUUCCGUCUACCCCAGCUAGAACCUUUCGACGGGCUGAAAGAUCCCUUGGAUCACCUGAAUACCUUUAGGACGACCCUAGGCCUUCAACAGCCACCCGAUGAGAUUUUGUGUCGCUCCUUUCCUACAACCCUCAAAGGAGCAGCCAGGAAGUGGUUCAACAAGUUGCCAACAUCGUCCAUUGAUAACUUCGAGCAGUUAAGUAGUUCCUUUGUUCGUUGCUUUGUAGGCGGGCAGCGUCCAAAAAGAACUACCGACCACCUGCUUACCAUCAGACAAGGAGAGAAGGGACCAUUGAGGUCUUAUAUGGCACGUUUCACCCGAGGAAUGCUGGAAAUAAAUGAGGCAGAUGACAAGGUGCAUCUCACGACCUUCAAAGCGGGGUUGAAGUCCAGAGAUUUUGUGGCAUCUUUGGCAAAGAAUCCCCCUAAGACAAUGGCCGAGGCAUUGCUGAAAGCUCAAAAGUACAUGAACACGAAAGAAGCCCUAGUAGCCAUUGACAAAGUAGAGAAGAGCAAGGAAAAGAAGAAGGAAAAGGAGGACGAUCGACGAGGGCUAAAAAGGGAUCGGGCUGACCGACGGAAUGAUGAUGGAAAUAGGAGGAGGGAGGACAAGAACCCUCGUCCAUCAAAAUUCACACUGCUGAUGAUGCCCGUUGACCAGAUUCUAACAGAAAUACGGGAUGAACCGUCUCUUAAGUGGCCAAGACCACUCCACUCAGCGCCUGGUUUGCGCGACAAGAGGAAAUACUGCCGCUUCCACAAAGAUCAUGAGCAUUACACGGAGGAUUGCAGGGACCUCAAAGAACAGAUUGAAGAGCUCGUCCGUAAUGGGAAGCUACAACAGUGUAUAAAAAGGGGAGAUUCCGGCAGGUAUAGACAGAAAAGCCAACAAGUUAAUGCAAAGAGAGACGAAAACCGCCCCCAACCUCCUCCAUAA